UUGGUCCAUGGUUCUCUUAUAUCGUUACCAGAACCUGAACUUUCUAAUGAAUAUGUUCCACCUCGGGCCCGCUGGCAGAUGUUGCAAAAACUUACACAGUCUUUUUGGCAUAUUUGGCAUAUUUGGCAACGCGAUUAUCUCCAUACCUUGCAGCAACGCGCGAAAUGGUUUCGAGAACAACCAAAUAUUCAUGUCGGAGAUAUUGUACUAAUUGUCGAUAGCAAUUUACCACCACUAGAGUGGCGUUCAGGUAGAGUUCAAGACGUGCAUCCCGGCAAAGACGGUGUAGUGCGCGUGGUCACCCUACGCACUACUAAUGGACUCCUUAAGAGACCGGUAAAUAAACUGUGUCCUCUACCUUUAAAUCAAUAA